CGAGCGCUGCGCUCCGGCUUCCUGGCUCCGCUUUCGCGGGGAGCGGGCUGGUUCGGUGCAGCGAGGCGGCGCUGAGAAGCCGGAGCGAGCCGCCUGGCAGCGGCGGCGGCAGGCUCGCUCGGCGUGGGGCCCCCCAGACAUGUUCAACCAGCAGCAGUUCCAGCUGCUGCAGCUCCAGCACCUCCUCCAGCAGCAGCAGCAGCAGCAGCAUCAACACCACCCGGCGCAACAGGGCGGCCGGGGUUUGCCACCACCUCAACAGCAACAGAUGCUGAGCUUACGGGCAACGAAUCAAGCAUCACUCCUCAAUGCCAAUCCAAUGCUUCAGCGAACUCUGCUCUUACAACAGAUGCAAGGAAACUUACGAGGAUUUAACAUGACAGCCCCAGCUCUGCAACAGUUUUUCCCUCAGGCUACAAGACAUUCCCUUUUGGGGCCUCCACCUGUCGGGGUCUCAUUAAAGCCCGCACAGCUGGGCUUCCCAGGCCUUCCAUUCCAGCGGCAGAAUCGGAUGUUUCGUAAGGAUUACCAGAGGGGCCCUGACAAGAAGCGAGAACUGGAUCAGACAUCCUCAUCUCAGGCACAAGGAGUUGAUGAGAAAAUUGAAAUUCCAGAGGGUACCCAGGCUGGGUCAGAACAGAACAACUCCUCACCCACAGAACCAAAAAUGCCAGCAGAAUCUAUACUGGACAUGGAGCCUGCAGCAAAGAGACUGAAGAGUGUGGAAGAAGUGCCCAUACAAGAGGAUGCUGCAGGCAGCCAGGAAGCAGAGGAGUUGAGCAUGGAAACCCAGGCAGAUGGACCAAACAGUGUGAGGGAGAAUACAACUGAAGAUGCCUCCAAGGAGAGAAGCUUCUCUGAGGAACUGAAAGCUCCAGAGGCCAGAUCUGACAUGUCCGACUCUGCCAGUGCGUGGCUGUCUGCCAUGGUGCUGAGUUCGGGGGGCUCAUUGAAAGUGACCAUCCAGCAGAGCAGUGAGAGCAGAGCUAUCAGCACCACAGCCCUGAAGCCAGGACAGUGGACCUGUGAGCUGGGCACAGCUGAUACCGGUCCUGAGUCUGUCCUUAAAUUCUUCUGUUACAUCUGCAAGACCAACUGUUGCAACCAGCAGAAUUUCCAGUCCCACAUGGCUGGAAUUCAACACCAGCAGCGACUUGGAGAGAUUCAACACAUGAGUAAUGUCUGCUUUGUCUCACUGCUGCCCAUGGUGAAGGAGCAGACGUUGAUGGCUAAGAAAGAUGGAGAGACCCAGCAGCGAUGGUGUAACACCUGCCAGAUACACUUUACAGGGGAUCUAAUCAAACAUCGUAGGACUCAAGAACAUAAGCUGGCCAAACGCUCUCUCCGUCCCUUUUGCACUGUCUGCAGCCGCCACUUCAAGACCCCUCGGAAGUUUGUAGAGCACAUGAAGUCCCCUGAGCAUAAGCAGAAGGCCAAGGAGGUGAGGCUGGGUGAGAAGGAGCUAGGUAGCCCAGAAGACUCAGAGGAGCUAAUCACAGUUGAUGCUGUUGGCUGUUUUGAAGAUGAUGACGAUGAAGAGGAAGAGGAGGAGGAGGGAAUUGGUGAAGAGGAAGGUUCUGAAGUGGUGCAGACAGAUAGCGAAGAUCCUGUCACCAAGCAGGGUGGGCUGAAGGAAAAGACUCCGGAGGACUGUGAAGGAAAUGAGAGAUACUGUCCAGAUACCCCCUAUGGCCUGGAUUUUCUGGUCCCCGUCGCAGGUUACCUCUGCAGGCUGUGUCACAAAUUCUACCAUAGUGACUCCGCUGCCCGGGUCACACACUGCAAGUCCCUGAUGCAUUUUGAGAACUUUCAGAGAUACAAGGCAGGAAGGCACCGUGCCACAGCAGCACACUCAGAGGCCUCUUUGUGCUCCCAUGGCUCUGGCUUCCAGUCAUCGGAUGAGCAGCAGCAGCCUCCUGCUAAGACAGAGGAUGAAGCGGAGACAAUGAAUACCAAUCGUGGCAUAGGAGAGGAAGAUACAGAAUUUUUGCCAUUAAAGGAACAAACCUCUAGGUCUCUAGAGAAUAAAAGUGAGCUGGUCCCCCCUGUGAGAAGGGGUGAAAGCCCAGCCAGUGAGACUGAUGUAUGUGGAGCGCUGGUCAUAGAGGAGGAAGGAAGUCAGGAUGAGGGUAGCAAGUCCCCCACCACUAGUGAAGACUGCCUGCUCCUAGAUGAAGACAGUGCCACAGGGGAGUUGCUGGGCCACAGUAUGUGUAAGGAAGAGGAAAGUGAUGAAACCAGGCAAAGGGAUGGCACAGACAAACCCCUGUACCCAAUGAGUGAAGGGGAUUCUGAACAGGGGGCAGCAAGCAUCAGAGAGAAGGAGGCAGAUACCUGCUCUCCAGGCAAAGGAGAAGCAGCAAAUCUAACCCCAGCAGGGUGUAGACGCUCUGCUAGACGCAAACCCAGAUAGAACAGCUUUAAAGGGAGAGCCCUUUGCAUACAAUAUUUGCUGGAAAUGUUUAUUUUCAGAGUCCUUUAAUAGAGCAAAAAGCCUUCUACUUUACUGCUGUUUUUAUUUUAAAAAAUAAAGCCUGGCUUUAGCGUGUCUAAUA